UGGCCAUUCAGUAGCUAGUUGAGGUUUACCAUAAGCAUUCAACAUGCGUUUUCUAUUAGUUUUGGCCAGCUUAGUGGCCAUCUGCGCCGCCGGCACCUUGUCUAGUCGCCAGUCCAAUCCAAUUGAGCAGCGUCUGCUGCAAUAUGCCGAUCAAAAUGGAGACAUUGAAAUCUUCGCUGAGCCCGAACAGGGCGAUGUUGAGGUUGCACCUCAGUUCAUCGUAUCCUGGCAGGUGCGUCGCAUGAUCCGCAAACUGCAGAAGCAAAUGGUCUGCGGCUGGCCUGAUUUGGGUAUUCCCCCAUUGGCACCUCUUAGGAUCAACGAAGCGAAUCUAAACUUGAAGCGUGGAAUCUUUGAGACCAUCAACCAUGUGUUCCGCCUCAAGGUUGCCGGUCUGGAUGACUUCCAGAUCAACAAAUUUACGUUGAAUGUGUUCACAUCGAAAAUCACAUUCGAUUUCAACUUCAAUAAUAUUGAUACAACUGCUCAGAAGUACGAAACUGAUACACUGAUCGAUGCACUGCGUCAACUGGGUCUGUCUGUUGAAUAUGAGGGUACUGGAUCCCUCCUCUUCGAUCUGAUCAAUCUGCGCAUCAAAGGCACCUUGAAAUACAAGCUGCCUGUUCUGUGGGGCUCUGCUAAGAUUCUCUCUCUGAAGACAACCAUCGGACUGGGAGCUGUCGAGUCGGACAUUACAGGUUUCAUGGGCAAUGGAAAGGUCAAUAGCGCCAUCAAUCGCCAGCUGGAGAAUGCUGUGGUCAAGCUAAUCAAUGAAAACCAGCAGAGCAUCUCGGAUGCCAUUGAAGAUACGAUUGUGCCACCCGUCAACAAAUUUCUUAAGGGCAAGGAUUUCUGGACCCUUGUCGAUCUGAUCUUGGCUGGCAGCGAAGGUGAAAGCGAGGACGAUCCAAUUGUCGUAGACUGUGUGCCCCCAGCAGAUCCAUGGGCCUAAAUUUCACUGUUCAAUAAAAUUGUAUGAGUUUUUUCACUAGA